AAAAGGAAUAAAAAGACGGUCAGGAAAGCAUCUCGGAGGAUUCGCCACAUCUUUCUUGUUUUGCUUUUGCACAUCUCGCUUCGCAGCCCUCCUUCAAAGAAUUGGUACCUGUUCUUGAUGAAUUCGAAAACAUCUGUGACAUCCGUGGUUUCCUGCAAUCCGGGAAACAAGAACAACUUCUUCCUCUGGAUUUUGGUUUGCUUACUGCCUAAGUUUUCGGGAACUUUGAUUGUUUACAUAAACUUCCUUUUGGUCCAAGCAAUUGAUAGGAGUCCAUCUGCAUUACUCCUUUUGUCUUUUGAUCCUUAGCUGUGCGUGAAUUUGGCCAUCUGCAUCACUCCCUUUCUCAUAAAUAAGCAUGGUUUCUUCUCAUUUAUCAGUUUUGAAUGAGAAAUACAAAUCGUUUGGUAGCCAGUUGCUUCUUCCAGAUGACCCUCCAAAUGCUAUCCUUACAGAUGAUGACGAGUUUGAUUUUUCCGAUGUCUUUGGUCCUUUACCAGGGCAGUUUCCAGUUGAAGUGAAUGAAGGGAACUUAGAAAUUGAAACAAAUAAUAUUGUUUAUGAUAAUUCAGCUGUUGUAUACAGGCGAUCACAUUCUCUAGUUGGCCCUUCUGCUUGUUUGAGUCAGUCGUUGAAGCUUGGUAAGCUCAAUCUUCAAGAGACAGAGGAAGCAAAUGUCAUUUUAGAAUGUGUGAAUGGAGUAACAAUUGAAGGUCUUUCCGAGAUUUCUACAGAUGAAGAUGUCACGCCUUUGCAUCCCCUGCAAGAUGAUAUGCUGACAAAGGAACCAAAAGUAGGUCUUGAAGAUUUUGAAAUUAUGAGAUUAGUUGGGCAAGGUGCAUUUGGCAAAGUAUACCAGGUGUGCAAGAAGGGAACUUCCGAAAUAUAUGCAAUGAAGGUCAUGAGAAAGGACAAGAUAAUGGAGAAGAAUCAUGCUGAGUAUAUGAAAGCUGAGAGGGACAUUUUGACAAAGAUCGACCAUCCUUUUAUUGUCCAGCUUAGAUACUCAUUUCAAUCAAAAUAUAGACUCUAUCUUGUGCUGGAUUUUAUAAAUGGUGGUCAUCUUUUCUUUCAGCUUGAUGUUCAAGGUCUUUUCAGGGAAGAUCUAGCUCGUGUAUAUGCUGCAGAAAUUGUCUCCGCAGUAUCUCACCUACAUUCUAAUGGUAUAAUGCACAGAGAUCUGAAGCCUGAAAAUAUUCUACUCGAUGCAGAUGGCCAUGUUGUGUUAACUGACUUUGGUCUUGCAAAAGAAUUGGAAGAGAAUGAGAGGUCGAAUUCUAUGUGUGGGACAGUGGAAUAUAUGGCUCCAGAAAUUGUUCAGGGAAAGGGCCAUGACAAGGCUGCUGACUGGUGGAGUGUAGGUGUCUUGAUUUUUGAGAUGCUUACUGGGAAGCCUCCUUUCUAUGGUGGUAAUAGGAACAAGAUCCAGCAGAAGAUUGUAAAGGAUAAGUUUAAACUUCCAGGUUUCUUAUCAAGUGAAGCUCAUUCUGUGUUGAAAGAGCUGCUGCAAAAAGAUCCAAGCAAACGUUUGGGUAGUGGAGUAAUGGGAAGUGAGGAGGUGAAGUGCCACAAGUGGUUUAAGCCAAUAAACUGGAAGAAAUUGGAAGCUAGGCAAAUUCAACCAAGCUUCCGACCAGACGUAGCUGGAAAACAUUGCAUUGCCAACUUUGAAAAGAAGUGGACUGACAUGCCUGUUGUGAUUUCUCCUGCCGCGAGUCCUAAUGGAAAUGGAAGCCUCAUAUUCAAGGACUUCUCAUACGUGAGGCCUUCAAGUAUUCUUCAGAGGAUGAUUCCCCUUAAUGAGCUUGCUUAACCUCAAGUUCUCUAUGCUCAUUCAUAAUGUCUAAAAUAUUGAAUGUUCUCUUCUGCGUACGAAGCUGUUUGAUCCCUUUGGAUCACAUGCUUACUCGUGCAUCAAACUUUUUCUUCAUAUUUGUGUAACUCGUACAUCAAACUUAGCGUUGUUGUUGCCCAAUUACUUGAUUUUAAUUACUAUUGUUAGGUUAAUUGGUCAUUACUAUUUGUUCUCCAAUUACUGGAAUUUGGAAAGGAACAACACCUGUUGACAAUUGCAAUGUCUAUCAUAUACUCUUUAUCACCUUGCUUUGAAAGAAUCUAGAGUUCAAACUUGGACUCCAUUAAAUGUAUACAAUAUAAUUCAUGGAUGAUUGUUGUAAGAGACUCUAAAUUCUUAAUCAUAAUCUUCUGAUUAAUUA